AUGCAAGAAGAUACUGUACUAUUUGCAAGCUGCUUUCUUCUCUUUUUUGCCAGUCACGCAGGUACAUAUAUCUUUUUCCCCCUCACAAUGGCGCCUUUGAGCGUUGCUUACAUCAGCGGCACAACCCUUUCUCAGUUUCUGGGUGCUGCAUUCUCUUGUAUGAGUGGUCGCAAGUACAUUUGUAAGCUCUAUGGAUUUAUUCAGAAUGUCCAUGAAAUCACGGACGAUCGAAUCACGCACGAAAGUCGCGGCGUAGUAAUACUAGGUGCCACUUCUAUCGGCUGCAGCGAUACGUCUGCUGGAAUGCAGAAUAUGGGGUACUUGACAAUAUGCCACUCACCAUCUCACAAACUGUCGUAUGCAGAUACGCAGAAACUGCAGAGGAAGCCGGGGCCAGGGGAUGCUACACAACAGGUUCUGAUGCACAUUACGAGCGAAAUGAAAAGUGAUGGUACUGCGCGAGUGCUUUACAGCUUGUACGAAGUGGGAGUGAAGCCGUUGAUGCCGCUACAGCUAAAAGUGGAUAACCUUGUUGGUGUUUUGGGGGGCUUCGCAAAGCUGUCGAACGCUUACGCUCGCAAUGUGUCCCUGACAGCAGCGCUGCCAGCUAACGUUGGUGCGGGGAACGAAAUGGAAAUGGUCGAGUUUGAAGACCCUCAUGCGAAAGAACUGGAAGCUCUGGCUCGAGAAAAGGCGGAUUUAACCAAGCGUCUUCUUGAGCUGAAUCGGAAGUUGUCGAACUGUAGAAGAUCAGAAAUGUCGUGA